AUACAGGCAGUGCACAGUCGCACCUUUCCUCCCGGCUUGGCUAACUUGCUAAAACGUCCUCAUAUAGCCAUUAUGUAUCUGCUUAAUGUACUUCUUCUUUAGCGUCGUCUACCGAGCGACCACAAACAGUUAUUGGGAGGAUACUUUGUGUCUUUAACUCUCUAUUUGAGCCAUUUCGGGUUGUCCUUUGGCACUUAGCCGAGCAGCAGGUCUCCCCUCCUCCGCCGACGUCAAGCAGGUCUCGGCCGUUACUUUCCACACAUAUAAAAUCCAGUCAGGUUAUUGGUGUGAAUGGUGCUGGAAUGCUGCAGGAUUAUCAUCUGACCUUUUAAUCAGAAGAAGCAAAGCAGCCAAACCACUAAACUGCCUGUUUUCUGAACGCUUUUGCUGCUCUUACAAUGCCUUUGAGGCUACAAUGUCUACAAUGAAACAUGUUGUCCAGAAGGACAAUGAGCAGCAGGCUGAUAAAACCAAGUUGGACUGGAGUUACAUUGAAUGGGUGGAAAAUGAAGAUUUCACAUCAGGUGUGGCAAAUGCAGAGACCCAAACAGAUGGCGGCGGGUCUUCUGAGCACAAGGAGUGUCAAACCAGCCACCCGGUCAUCAUGCACAUCGAACUCUCCCGGACGCACUCCAAGCUGAGACAUUCACCCUUGCUUGAUGGUGACGGAAUGGUAGCACCCGUCUUCCAGUUUGAUCGACAGGCUCCCAGUCGCAUCUCCACCUCUCCCACUUUGAGGAGGAUGAGGAGCACACGGCGUCCCGUGUUGGAGUCCAGGGAUCCCGCCGGCACACAAGAGGAGCCCUCGCCUGUCACUUUGUCAUCACCUUUACACAGAGUAAAGUCUCCUCUCGCCAUGAGCCCCCUCCUCUCCGAUGGGGAGAUCUGUCAUGAACAUCCGCCAAUUUCAUCCUGUGGCCGUCAGAGAACCAGAUCGCAUAGAUCAAAGACCUUUGACAAUCAUAUCGCUUCCAUGAAGCCAGAAUGUCACAGUGCUCAUCCUACUAUUAUGAAGGAGUUUGGAUUUCCUGAUGGUGAAUUACAGGAAGAGCAUCACCCUAAUAGGCUACAAGAAAGAAGGCGGAGCUCUGUAGUGGUCAGCUUGUCCGGAUUAGACGUUUCACCAGGUGACCUGUUUGUAUCCAACGGAGCGGCUGAUAGACUAAACAACUCCAACUUCUCUGACACAAAGAAGUCAAAGUGGCCUUUUUCACGCCGUAGCACGACUAAAGGGAAGUCUCAAAACAGCACCGUGUCAGAUAUUGAGAAAUAUCUCUCCACAGCGCAAAUUCAAAACUGGAGAAACUACGACCUUCAGAAGUAUAAGGACUACUCCCUAGCAGAGUUCUUACAAGACCAGUCCUCCCAGUGGUGCUCUUCUUCUGACCGUCUGGCCUCCAAGAGACAAGAGGCCAUCUGGGAGCUUUUCACCAGCGAAUGUGUUUACUUCCUGGAUCAGCUUAUGGUUCUCAAAGAGGUGUUUUUGGCGACACUCACAAACCUUCAGACAAGGAACUGCCUGCUCGAUAUUGACUCCUGGAGGCUGUUUGCAAAUCUCAGUGAGCUUUGCUUGGUGAGCUUUGAUUUUCUGAGCAACCUCCUGCGUGCCAUUAAGGACUCGCUGGACAUCUCUACUAGCGGUGGGUCCACCUUGAUGGAACUGCUGAGCAAUGCCUUUCAGGAGAGCAUAUGCCACUGCCUGCAGAAGUACUGCCUCAACUACUCCACGGCUCUGGUUUACCUGGACACCCUGAAGCCCAGAGAGGACUUUGGAUCUUAUGUCAAGUGGUGUGAGCGGAACGAGCAGUGCCGCCGUCUGCAACUGCGCGACCUACUGGUGGCGCCGUUGCAGAGGCUCACCCGGUACCCGCUGCUACUACGGAACAUCGCGAGGCGGUUUCACACGGAGGAGGAAAGAAGGGACGUGCAGGCUGUAGCGGAGCAAGUGGACGUGUCGAUAUGUGACCUGGAGGGAAAGGUCAAGUGGUUGGACAACUACCAGAAGGUCAAACAGCUGACAGACGCGCUGGUGUGGCUUCCUGUGUGGGAGCGGGACAAACGAGCGAUCAUCCCAGAGAACCUUAAACAUCUCCUGAAAGCCGUAACCCUUGAGAACCUGAUUUCUCACCGAAGUCUGCUCCAUGACGGCAAACUGCUGCUGACAGAGAACACAAAACUCCUCGACGUCUACCUGUUCCUCUUUGAUGAAUUCCUGCUCAUCACCAAGAUCAAGCGAAGCAAAAAGAAGUCCAUCGGUCCAGAACAGAAUCCACUGAAGUUGCCUCAGAACCUGGAGCUGGAUCAGCUUCUUAAGGAAGGAUGCACAUUCACGGUUCUGGACCAGCCCGUUUCUUUGGAUCGUCUCCAGCUCAGGAACAUCGAUCAGCUCAACGCAUCAACAUCAGGACUUCCUCAUUCUUUCAUAAUAAUGCACCAGAACCGCUACCAGCAAUGCAUCGGGGCGUUCAUCUUGCAGGCUGGGUCGGAGUCUUCCAAGAGGGCCUGGAUUUCAAAGAUAGAGGAGGCCGUGUCGGCCUUGCUGAAGCUGGACUCUCAGCAGCCACCGCGAGUCAAGAGCGCCUCACUGUGGUUGGAGUCGUCGCAGAUAUGAUGAUGAUGAUGAAAGCCCAUCGGAGAUGCGCCCGUUUUUACCCUGCGCUCAACCGUCCCCCCACACACAUCACGACCACAAGCAUACUUUGUAGUUCGCCUUGAACGGCUCUUCUACUGCUGUAGUGUGGAAUUAAAGCUUUGGUCAUUUAGGGAAAUAUGUUGAUGGAUUCUUAUUAUGGGCUUGCUCAGUAAUGCAAGCCCAUAUUGUUAUUCCUUGUGGUGUUUAGCUUUUAUUAUAUCUUAAUCUUCCCACUUUUGUGCACGUAAUGCGGCAAAAACUGCAAGAAGGACCCC